UAGUCCAUUUUCCCUCAUUUCUCUCUCUACAGUUUCCUCUUUCUUUCAUUCUUCUACGGCGUCUGAUCUUUGACUAUGGCGAUACCUCAACACCAAUUCCUACAGCAGCAGCAAUCUGGACCAAUUAAUUUCUACAACUCCUGUAGUAAUCUCGUUGAUCAAACUUACCCGCAGUACAUUCCUCCAUUUCAUGUUCCUGGUUUGGCUCCUGGCGAUGUCUUCGAUGGAGGUGAUUUGCAAUGGGCUAAUGGUGUGGAAAUUUCUAGAAAAAGAUUAAAAGAACAGGAUUUCCUAGAUAAUAAUAAUAAUAAUCGGUAUUACGACAAUAUCAACAAUCAUAAUAGUAAUACUAAUUCACAGAUUUCGUCACUGGAUUUCUUACAAACUCGACCAGUUUCUACGGGUUUAGGUUUAUCUCUCGAUGAUAGGCGUAAUGUUACGUCUGGAGAAACUCCAGUUUACUCUUUCUUUGAUGAUGAAAUGGACCGUGAGUUUCAGAGACAAGAUGCUGAGAUUGAUCAUUUCGUCAAAGUUCAGGGUGAGAGACUGAGACAAUCAAUCCUUGAGAAUGUUCAAGCUAACCAAUUCCGAACUAUUGCACUUGCGGAAGAAAGGAUAGCUCAAAAGCUUAUAGAGAAAGAAGCGGAGGUGGAACACAUUGAUAACAAGAAUAAUGAAUUGGAAGAACAAAUUAAACAGUUAAUUGCAGAAGCGGAUGAGUGGAAACAUCGAGCAAAGUUAUAUGAGAAUUUUAUUGAUACACUUAAGUCCAGUAUCCGGCUAGCCCAAAAUAGAGAUGUCAAAGAAGGGUGUGGUGAUAGCGAGGUAGACGAUACAACAUCAUAUUGCAAUUACGGAGCUAUUGAUUUCCAUCUCAUUGGCAACACAAACACAGAAUUCAAGGAGUCAAUGACUUGUAAGGUUUGCAAAGUUAAUCAGGUUUGCAUGCUUUUGUUGCCUUGCAGGCAUCUAUGCUUGUGCAAGGAUUGCGAGAGUAAGCUUAGUUUCUGUCCCUUAUGUCAAUGUUCUAAAUUCAUUGGUAUGGAAAUCUGUAUGUAAUCGGAAAUCUUGGAUGCUAUUGAUGCUCACAUUAUAUAUACACCAGUCACCAGUAUUGUGUAGUUUCAUUACCUCUAGUCUACCUUAUGUUUCUGCUUGUCUGA